AUGGCUUAUGUUGCUGUGGAAGAGGAUGAUCGACUAGAAGAAGGACCAGAGGGUUUCGAGUUCAAAUCUUUCCUUGGAGCGGACGCGAGAGGAGACCAACGAACGCAGUCUGCCACUCCAAACCUUGACAGAGGAUAUCUCACAGACCACACCACGAGCAAAGGUCCAUCUGGAUUCUGGACAGUCGAAUAUUACCAACCAUACUUUGACGUUGAUACGUCGACCGUCUUGAAGCGAUGUUACACGACGCUCCUCCCCACUUCACCCUCGUACCUGACGGUUCUUACACCCACUGCCGAUCUAUAUGGCCCUUUUUGGAUCCCAACCACGCUUAUACUAGCUCUAUUUCUUUCUUCGUCUCUCGCAGCAAGCAUCGCUAGCUACCUUUCGGCCCCAGGAGUUGCGUAUGAAUAUGACUUUGGCCUGCUUAGUCUUGCGGCAACGAUCGUAUACAUAUACGCAUUUGCAGUACCUAUUCUGCUGUGGCUUGCACUGCGCUACUUCGGCGUUGGCGAAUGGGGCGUGGUAGAAGCACUUGGGGUCUGGGGUUACUCACUAUUCGUCUGGGUACCUAUUUCGAUAUUAUGUGUUGUUCCUGUUCCCAUUUUGCGUUGGGUUCUUGUGGGCAUCGCGUUCUGCUCAUCAGGGUACUUCCUCGUGGCGAACGUGUACCCAAUAUUGGCGAUGGCCGACGCGAAAGCCACUCGCUUGCUGAUAAUUGUUAUCGGCGCGCUGCACGCAGGGUUAGCGUUGACAUUCAAGGUGUUGUUCUUCAGCUACUACGUUGUGCACGAGAUCGGGCCUGGAGCGGACCCCGUACGGUGA